AUGGCCAACAUGGGAUCCAACGUGCCCGACAAGCUGGUUGCCAUCUCGAUGAGGUCGCGCGAGAUGACACACGACGCCAUCAAGCGACUGAAGGAGUUCUAUCCGAAGGAAAUUCCUUCAAAUGACUUGGUUACCUUCCUGAUGCCAAUCACUGCCGAAGCAGAGCUGGUCCGCUUCUUCUUAUUGACAAUCAGACAAAAUCGCGUCGUGCAGUGGAAUUCCAAGACAGACACCUAUGUUUUCAUACCGCCCUACGAAAUCUCAUCGGCGGAGCAGCUGCUCGCGUACUUCCAGAAGCAGCAGAUCGCCAAGAGUAUUGCCAUCACCGAUCUACAGCAAGGAUGGAAAGACUGCGUUCCCACCAUCAACGACCUCGACAGGGAGCACAAGCUGGUCGUGCUGCGCCAUAAGAAGGACAACAGCCCGCGUACGAUCUGGGGAAAUGACCCAACACUCUAUGCACCACUCGAUGCUAUCUAUGUUCAGAAAUGGAAGGCCAUUACUUUGCCAGGCGAGAACGAGAUCCGAGACAAACUCAAGGCGAUGAGCUCGAGGGCUGCCGGCGAUGCCCCCAAAGCUGUCUUGGACAACAAGCCGAAGCAAAAGAAGAAAGUACGCAGAGGCCACAAAAUCACAAAUACGCACAUGCAGUUUCUGGACAGUAAACGCUGA